UGCUGGCUUCACUGACACCCACUUCACCGCAAGAAGAAUGGUGGUUUAAUAUCUGUCACACUUCAGGGAAUUAUAAGGAAGACUUUAUUAGGGGCAAGUCAAUGAAUUGGUUUGGUUUUGGUUUCAAUGGUUUUGGACAGAUAGUUCCCAGACGAAAGGGUGAGAAAGAUGAAGACACCGCUAAAGUGCUCAGCCCAGUCGCGCUGGGAAGUUUGUGCAGUUCUUGUGAAGGCAAAACAAGAUUUGACCCAAAAAAGCAGACAGAAACAUCAGAGCACACAAUCAAAGUUGUUGCAAGCUGGAGCCAGAGAGCUGCCGUCUAUAGAGAUGGUGACCCACAUGUUUGCAUGUCAGGGUUCAUAAGUGGCCCAGAUGAAGAACACACAGGACUCGCUCCAGAGAGUAAAGGAUGUGUGGAUGCUCUCAUCAGUGAGCGUUAUCUAACCCUCAGCUUUGCUGACCGAGUGGAGUGCUGGAGCUUGAAGCCCACUGGAAAUGCACUUGUUUGGAGUGGGGUAAAUGGGGUACAGGACACCUCCGACACUGGUCCUAUAGCAACAUUGCCGCUGGUGCCAGGUGGAUACAUAGCAUCAAAGCCUCCAUUUUAUCGACCUCUUUCUCCUGAACUGCAUGCUGUGAGCCUGGCACUGGGCUCUGAGCAUGCUGUUCUUCUGACGUCCUCUGGCACUGUCUACAGUUGGGGGUCUGGCAGCCAUGGUCAGCUGGGUCAUGGCAGUCUGGUUUCAGAGGAUGAACCUCAAGUGCUAGAGGCUCUGUGGGGUGUCCCUAUGAAAUAUGUGGCUGCAGGAGGCUGGCAUUCAGCAUGCAUUAGUGCUGGUGGAGAUCUCUAUGUCUGGGGCUGGAAUGAGAGUGGUCAAAUAGGCCUUCCAUCCAAAGGUCUCAAGGACCAGAGUCAGAGAGCCCCAAGCACUGAGAAAGGUGAAUUGGUGGUGAAUAAAAGAGAAGAUAAUGUGUUCAUUUCAAUACAAGCCUUCCCUGCACUUGUGGAUGUUCCGGAAGUGUCUGAGAUCAGCAAGGUCAGCUGUGGAUCCCGUCAUACAGCCUCCAUCACAAGCUCUGGAAAUCUCUACACCUGGGGAUGGGGUCACUAUGGCCAGUUAGGUCAUGGUUCAAAAUGUAGUUCAGAUGAACCUAAAGUUGUGGAGUACUUCUCAAAUGGUGGAAUGACUGUGGAAGAUGUUGUUUGUGGGCUGUGGAACACUUUUGUGUGUGCUACUCCAAGGAAACGUUCCCCCUUAUGACCCACAUGCAGGCCUGUAUCUCCUACUGAAGACCCUACCCUUUGGAAGUAGAUAGUCAUCAACACAGAAGUGAGUCUUGUGUUGUCCAUUUCGCCAGUCAGACAAUUCACCAGCUUCUCAAGAUCUCCAGUGUCAAGGGUGCCAUCAUCAUCAAAGUCUGGGAAAAGUGGAUCAUUAACUUAAAUAAUACUGUGAAUUGAUUUACUGAAAAAGUUAUUUUGUAUUAUGUGCCACAGGUGAAUUUCACAUGAUUUGUAAGUUUAUACAUGGCCUCAAUUUUACUGAAGAAAAAAAAACAAAAGGAGAGGGAAUGAACAAAGAUAAUGUGUUUGGGUUUCCUACGAGUCCAUUAAUAAAGCCUUACCGAAAAUUCUAAAA